AUGGUGUUACCCCCGGGUUUUGAGUGUGAAAAGCCGAAACAAGUAUGCAGGCUAUUACGCUCCUUAUAUGGUUUGAAGCAAGCAAGCCGCCAGUGGAACGCAAAACUUAGCUCAGCUCUUAUUCAUAUUAGUUUCAGCCAAUCUCAAGCUAACCCCUCUCUAUUCACAAAAGGUGAUGGCAACAGUGUCAUUGCCCUUCUUGUGUAUGUUGACGAUAUACUUGUUGCUAGUUCUAACAUGAGCCUUAUCACAAGUUUGAAACAAUUCCUGGACUCCACCUUUAGAAUCAAAGACUUGGGACCUCUUGGUUACUUCCUAGGGAUUGAAGCACACAUGGGAAAAGAUGGUUUAAGCUUGUGCCAGAGGAAAUAUGCACUGGAAAUAUUAGAAGAAGCUGGCUUUCUUGAGUGCAAACCGGCAGCUACACCCAUGAUUCCAGGUCUAAAACUUGUACACAAGGAAGGCACUUUGCUCAGUGAUGCUAGCAUGUAUAGAAGACUGAUAGGGAGACUUCUAUACCUUACUGCCACUAGGCCUGAUAUCGCAUAUGCCCUCCAACAGCUUAGCCAGUUUGUAGAUGCCCCUACAGACAUACAUUUGACAGCGGCUCACCGAGUGCUACGAUAUAUUAAAGCCUCACCUGGUCAAGGAUUAAUCUAUCCCUCACAAACAAGAUUACAUAUCAAAGCCUUCUCGGACUCCGAUUGGGCGGCAUGCAAUGAAACACGCAAAUCCGUCACUGGUUUUUGCAUUUUUCUUGGCUCUUCUCUUAUAUCUUGGAGAUCAAAGAAGCAAGCAACUGUCUCCCGCUCCAGUUCAGAAGCUGAAUACCGUGCUCUUGCAGCCACCGUGUGUGAAAUACAGUGGCUUACAUACUUACUUCAUGAUCUCAAAGUCUCGGUUACUAAGCCUGCAGUUCUAUUUUGUGACAGCAAAUCUGCGGUGGCUAUUGCAGAGAAUUAUGUCUUCCACGAACGCACCAAACAUAUAGAGAUCGAUUGCCACGUGGUUCGUGAGAAGGUAACCAAAGGAUUGAUCAAGCUCUUAUCUGUUUCAACUAAGAAUCAAACGGCUGACGGCUUCACAAAGCCCCUCCCCACGUCUCUGUUUCACUGCUUCAUUAAUAAGCUUGGCAUACAAAAUUUGUACGCUCCAGCUUACCGGGGGGUAUUGGAGAAGACAAAUACACCCUCAGAUGAAAUAAAGAAGUGA